CGGCUUGUCGGGAGAAGAAGAUCUUGACUUGACAGAGAAACUGAAGAUGUCAUGUUUAUUUGUGUCAAACGCAUUUCCUCUUUCGUGUUUGCUCAUGGCUCCCCCCAUCGGACUCUCUGUAAAAUGGUCGGUUAUUUGAGCGAACCGCCCCGUUCUUCACUCAUUUGAGGAGAGAAGCCGCUGACUUUCUUCUUCAUGCUUGCUGUCGCUGGCUCUUGAUGGACAUUAUAAAACUUGACAGGUAAACAACGCAAAGAGCUUUCGCGGUGUUUUCUUUCACGGGCACGAGCCACGACAGGGUUUCAUCCGCUCGCUUGUAACGGAAAUUUUUGGUACGUCAUUAAUAUGGCGCCAAAAGAGUUAUAAGUGUGAGCUUAAUGUUGCGAUCCCGCACCUCAGUCGGUCUUGUUUACGCGGAAACAAACAAACAAACAAACAAAAACAGAAUGUAAAACGCCUCAUUGGGGACGGAAACGAAAUUUAAACGCUAUAGAGACGGGGUUUGGACGUUAAACUCGAUGGCUUGUCACGUCACUGGAGCAGUUAGUGCGCUUCACUUUGCAGGGAUGUGAGGAAAUGCUUUCCUCAGAAACAAUUUUACGGACGAGGAACAGAUGAACGUCGCUAUAUAAUAAGUGUGGAAACUGCGAUUUGAGCAAGUCGACGGAUCGCGGCGCAGAACGCCAUUUAAUGUGGAUUAAAGACGCCGACUGUAACUUUUAUUCGGGCUGUGUGUGGAGGGGAAAUCAUCUGUCACACGGAUGCUGAGAGACAUACAUGUGCCUGGCCUCAGAUGAUCAUGAUCCGCUGAUUUCUGUGCAUCGAGGACAUCACGCCCUCGUGUGCAAACCGCAAAUAAGGGUCUGAUCCUGUUCUUCCUCCCUGACAGAUGGAGAGUGAGAUGAAGAGGAGGAAGUACUCCACCAGCAGCAACGACUCGGACACCACUGACAGUCAUGUGACCACCUGGUCACGGUCUUCCAAGAACACAGGGACCAGCAGCACGUGGGUGCGUCAUGAGCAGAAGAAGCCCUCUGAGGUGUUUCGGACCGACUUCAUCACCGCCAUGAAGUUGCCUGAUUCGGCCCAGCUGAGCCCGGAGGAGUUCUACUUCCUGUCGGACCCCUGGAGGCAGGAGUGGGAGAAGGGUGUGCAGGUGCCGGCCAGCGUGGAGGCCAUUCCCCUGCCCGUGGUCAGGGAGCUUCCCGAGGUCAGCCGGAUCCCGUUCUUCUCGCCGGUCCAGGCCCGGGGCCCGUCAGAGUUCGGCUUCGGGGAGUCACAUGGCCUCGGCGAGCCGCUGAGCCGCUACGACCUGGACGAGCUGGACGUGGCCUGGCUGGAGCUGGUGAACGCCGAGUUUAGACAGCUGGCGCUGCCGGAGCUGGACGAGCUCACCAUGGAGCAGGUUGUGCUGGAGCUGGAGAGCCGGUGUCAGCAGAACAUGCAGCGGGCCAUCGAGACGGAGGAGGGCCUGGGCAUCGAGUACGACGAGGACGUGGUGUGUGACGUGUGCCGCUCGCCCGAGGGGGAGGACAGCAACGAGAUGGUGUUCUGCGACAAGUGCAACGUUUGUGUGCACCAGGCGUGCUACGGGAUCCUGAAGGUGCCGCAGGGGAACUGGCUGUGCCGGACCUGUGCUCUCGGGGUGCAGGCCAAGUGUCUGCUGUGUCCCAGACGAGGAGGAGCGCUCAAACCCACCCGCAGCGGGACCAAGUGGGUCCACGUCAGCUGUGCCUUAUGGAUCCCCGAGGUGAGCAUCGGCUGCCCUGAGAAGAUGGAGCCCAUCACUAAAGUCUCCCACAUCCCAGCCAGCCGAUGGGCGCUGUACUGCAGCCUGUGCCGCGAACACACGGGCACGUGCAUACAGUGCUCCAUGCCGUCCUGCGCCGUGGCCUUCCACGUGACCUGUGCGUUCGACAACGGGCUGGAGAUGCGCACCACGCUGGCGGAGAACGACGAGGUGCGCUUCAAGUCGUUCUGCCUGGAGCACAGCAGCGUCUCGCGCUCCACCAGCGGCGUGAGUGCGGAGCCGCGCCUGGACCUGCCCGGCAUGCUCUCGGACCGCCUGAAGCAGGAGCAGGUCGAGCGGGAGAAAGCCAGCCAUCGCAAGCAGAAGCUGCAGGAGCUUGAAGACCAAUUCUACACGUUAGUGGAUCCCAAGGAUGUCGCGGAAAGCCUUUCUCUGCCAGACGCUCACGUGGACUUCCUCUUCCAAUACUGGAAGCUGCGACGAAAGGCCAACUUCAACCAGCCGCUGGUGGUCUUGAAGAAGGACGAGGUGGACAAUCUGGCCCAGCAGGAGCAGGACGUCCUGUACCGCCGGCUCCAGCUCUUCACACACCUGCGCCAGGACCUGGAGAGGGUCAGAAACUUGUGCUACAUGGUGACCCGCAGAGAGAGGAUCAAGCACUCCUUAUGCAACCUCCAGGAGAAGAUCUUCUCCCUGCAGAUCCAGCUCUUGGAGAAGGACCUGGUCGGAGAGAAAAAUCUAAGAGGCGAGAAGAAUCACCGCAAUGGAGUCCGGGAACGAGCCAAAGAACGGAGGAAGAGCAGUCCAGAGAAAAAGGACAAAUGGAAAUCAGACGACGCCUCGCUGUUCACGCAGCUGGGUUUCUCCAAAUCCUUCCCGCUGGACGGUUCGCUGUUCGACAGCUGGCUGGCUCGGUCGGUCCACAUCACUGCGGAUAACAUGCUGAGCCAGUGGUCUCUGUCGGCGGAGAGCGACGACCCGUCCGCCAGCCUCCUGCAGGGCGAGGAGAACCUGCUCAGCCUGAUGAUGGACCAGUCCACCUGGAAGACUCCUCAGCUGGGACGCAAAGCCAGAAAUUCCCGCAGGAAGUCCGCCUCGCUCCCUCGGACCGGAUCCACGGUUAAAGGCAAACGAGGAGAGCGAUCGCUCCACCGGCACAGCCGUAGCGAAGCCAGGCCGGACCCGCUUCAACCAGCCAUUUCCAAAAUGGACUCGUGCCACAUUUCCGAGGAGCACGGGUCGUGGGGCGGCACCGGGGAUGCGGAUUCGCAGGUGGCCUUGCGUCUGCGCCUACCUAGACCAGGCAAGUCCCGCUCUAAGAGUGAGACAUCGCUGUUGAACAGCACGUCUGCACCGGACACGGAGACGGACGGUUAUUUCUCCGACGCGGAACAGAGCGACACUGAAUUUCGUUCGUCCAGGCGAAAGUUACGCUUGCCCCAACUGCAUGCUGGGAAGGAGCAAGUAGUGCGGCGAAGCGUGCUCGCCUCCUAAAGCUACUAUCGCUUUACUGUCGUCAUGUCAUCGAUGCAUACGUUUCCAGACCCUUAUCCCUGAGUAUAUUAGCCCGUCGCCGACAUUUAUGCAACCAUAACCAUUUGUGCUUGACGAAACCACGAGGAACGAGAAGUGUGAACACUGUUGGAUGUGUCCGUUUGGGAAGCAAUAGGAUCUGUCCUGGAACUGGGACAAUGACGUGGGCAUUAUAACGUCUGUUCAGGGUGUGUUUGUUUUGUCUGUUGUGUGUCUUCAGAGGAUGUGGCUAAAUGAUUUACAAGAGAUAAUAUGACACAAAUAAGCACAAAUAGCCGUUGGGGAAUGUAGCACACGUCAUAUCCAUUCGCUUUGGCUAGUGUAGACGUACCAGCAUCACGAGCAGGGCCCGCUGUGUGUGUGUGUGUGUGUGUCAGUGGUCAGUCUAUCUCAAGUGGUCCUAAAGAGUUGGUUGCUUGGCCAUUUUUAUUUCCCCCCAGAUUUCCAUUAACUAGCUUUGUGAGCAGCUAAAUCUUAAACUCGUUUUACAGCCAAUUGAGUUGCAUAUGUGAAUAUUUAGUCUUUUAAAGGAUUAGUUGACUUUUGAAAAAACGUUUGCUGAUAAUUUACUCG